GUCUCACUCUUGUCGCCCAGGCUAGCAGUGGCACAAUCUCAGCUCACUGCAACCUCUGCCUCCCAGGUUCAAGCAAUUCUUCUACUUCAGUUUCCUGAGUAGCUGGGACUACAGGUGCACACCACCACGCCCAGCUAAUUUUUGUAUUUUUAGUGGAGACAAGGUUUCACCAUGUUGGCCAGAAUGGUCUCGAACUCUUGACCUCGUGAUCUGCCUGCCUUGGCCUUCCAAAGUGCUGGGAUUAUAGGUGUGAGCCACCGCACCUGGUCAUCUAUAAUUUUUUAAAGUCCUACAGUUGAUUUUGAUAGACAGCCAAGGUUAAAACACUAUGUUUUAUAAAUCACAGAAGCUAUGACUCUUCAAGACGCUUAGGUGAGUAUGGCCUUACGACAUGGUGAAAAUAACACUCUCAUGGGUUUCGGGACUCACAUCUUGGUUCUGGCACUCAACAGCUUGGUGACUUUAAGCAGAUUACUGAAAACUCUUUCAGCUUUAAUGUGCCCGACUUAGGAUAACUUUUGCUCUAGAUGUAAAUAAGAAGUGUUUAUAAAAGCCCAUAGAAAAUUAUAGAGUUCAAAAACUUUUAAUGUAGUAUUUAAUGUUAUUUUCCUCUUUAUGUAGUGUCCUUUCCCUUUCUUGCAUGCUGUAAAAAUCUUACCUUUCCUUCCAGAGUACCAAGUUUAAAUCUCUGAAACCUUCCGUAAACCAACUGCACAGAAAUAUUACCUCAUCAGGGUUUCUGCUGAACUUUGUACACUACCCCGAGCACACUGAUAGUGAUAAACAACAACCUCUUGUCCCCUUGUUGGUCUAGUGUAAGCUCCUACAGAAUCGGGGGUGGCGGGGGAUCUUAGUCUCUUCAGCAUUCCCUGGGCCUAGCAAUGUCAGUUGAGGUGAACCAAAACGGUUAUCUUCUCAUCAUUGAAAACACAAAGAAAUUGCCUUUUUAGAACCCAAUUACCUAUUUUUCUCUUCUUUUUCAAAAGCAGAAUCUUUUCUUCAAUCUACUUUUUACUUGUGGAAUCCCAAUCUGAAAAGAUUGAGGGGUUGAGGGAUGCUGAGAUCUGCCCUGGUAAUCACAACACCUAUGGUAACACAGGUAAUCAUCUAUUAGUGCCUGUACCUAGUGGGUGCCUGGCUACCCAUAUGACAGACACUUAUCUAAUAAUUCUCUCAACCACCUUAUAAAAGAUGUACUAUUAUUACCCCAUUGUAUUGCUAGAUAACAGAGGUUCAGAGGAUUUAGGUAAUCUGCUCAAACAAGAUCACAAGGCCAGAACUAGAAUACGGAUUUCACUCCAGAGCACCACAUCUGAACUUCUGCACGCAACUUCUUCAUCUGGAGAUAUCUGGAUGAUUCAGUUCCUUUAGUGUGGUUCAGGGGCAAGUAACCUCGAGUUAAUCUGGGCUCUCAUUUGAUAGAGAUUAUAGUAAACUGUAACUAACCAGACGGGAGGUGGAAGCAUCGCCACCAGAACCAUUUCUUCAUGAUGAUCCUGUCACUGGGAAGCGUCCUAACUGUAACUUCAUUUUUAUUUUAACAUUUAUUUUUAGAGACAGGGUCUCACGGUAUCACCCAGGCUGCAGUGCAGUGAUCUCCCAGGCUCAAGCGAUCCUCCCGCUUCGGCCUCCUGGGUAGCUGGGACGAGAGGCACGCGCCAACACACCCGGAUAAUUUUCACAUUUUUGUAGAGGUGGGGUCUCGCUUUGUUGCCCAGGCUGGUCUCGAGCUCCCUCAAGCGAUCCUCCCGCUUCGGCCUCCCUACGCACUGGUAUUGCAGGUGUGACCCACAGCGCCCGGCCGCUGUAACUUUAAAUUGCCCGCGAGGACUCGCAGCCCAGCCCUGGCCGCCUCACCCGGUCACCGGAGGAUGCCUGUCAAAUUCUGGGAGCUGCAAGUGAGCGGGCGAAUCGUCCGCGCGCGGCUUUUUCUUCAUGACAACGGAGGCACAGUGCUUCCCGGUUCCCGGAAGUCCUUCAGGCCGCAGACCUUUCCGCCCUCCACAUUCCCGCGGGUCCUUACGGACCACCUCCAGCCACCUAGUCUCCUCCGGGAGCCCACCCGCCGGAAGUGACGGCCCGGAAGCGUCUCUACUCCCACAGUGGGCGUGGAAGGAAGAUGGCGGCGCCCAGCAGCCGGUGAGGAGAGAGGACACGGGGAUCCCGGGGAGCGGCCAGACUGGUGAAUUAUGGCCGCGUCUCCGCACACUCUCUCCUCACGCCUCCUGACAGGUUGGGUAGGAGGAUGUGUCUGGUAUCUUGAAAGAAGAACAAUACAGGAAUCCCCUCACAAGUUCUUGCAUCUUGUCAGGAAUGUCAAUAAGCAGUGGAUUACAUUUCAGCACUUUAGCUUCCUCAGACGCAUGUAUGUCACACAGCUGAACAGAAGCCACAACCAGCAAGUAAAACCCAAGCCAGAACCAGUAGCAUCUACUUUCCUUGAAAAAACAUCUUCAGGUCAAGCCAAAGCAGAGAUAUAUGAGAUGAGACCUCUUUCACCACCCAGCCUUUCUUCGUCCAGAAAACCAAAUGAAAAGGAAUUGAUAGAACUAGAGCUGGCCUCAGAAAUUGAAGAGUCAAUAGAUGUAGGGAAAGAGACAAAAGACGAAAAGCAGUGGAAAGAGAUGAAGCUGCAAGUGGAUGAUUUGCCAGGAAUUUUGGCUCGACUAUCCAAAAUCAAACUCACAGCGCUGGUAGUAAGUACCACUUCAGCUGGAUUUGCAUUGGCUCCGGGCCCUUUUGACUUCCCCUGUUUCCUGCUUACAUCUAUUGGGACAGGCCUUGCAUCCUGCGCUGCCAACUCCAUCAAUCAGUUUUUUGAGGUACCAUUUGACUCAAACAUGAAUAGGACAAAGAACAGACCUCUGGUUCGUGGGCAGAUCAGCCCGUUGUUAGCCGUGUCUUUUGCCACUUGCUGUGCUGUUCCUGGAGUUGCCAUUCUCACCUGGGGGGUGAAUCCACUCACAGGAGCCCUGGGGCUCUUCAACAUUUUCCUGUAUACCUGCUGCUACACACCACUGAAGAGGAUUAGCAUUGCUAACACAUGGGUCGGAGCCGUGGUUGGAGCCAUCCCGCCUGUCAUGGGCUGGACAGCGGCCACAGGCAGCCUCGAUGCUGGUGCGUUUCUCCUGGGAGGAAUCCUCUACUCCUGGCAGUUUCCUCAUUUCAACGCCCUGAGCUGGGGCCUCCGUGAAGACUACUCUCGGGGCGGAUACUGCAUGAUGUCGGUCACCCACCCGGGCCUGUGCCGGCGCGUGGCACUGCGCCACUGCCUGGCCCUGCUGGCGCUCUCCGUGGCAGCCCCCGUCCUGGACAUCACCACUUGGACCUUCCCCGUCAUUGCCCUCCCAAUCAAUGCCUACAUUUCCUACCUCGGCUUCCGCUUCUACGUGGACGCAGACCGCAGGAGCUCGCGGAGACUGUUCUUCUGCAGCCUGUGGCACCUGCCGCUGCUGCUACUGCUCAUGCUCACCUGCAAGCAGCGGCGCGGGGGCGGGGACCCGGGGCCCCCUCCCAGCUAAGCGUGCGGGGACGCCCACAGCUCCUUUCCCUCUGCUGCCAGGCGAGCGUGUUGUGGUAAUUCUGGAUCACAAGAAGAGAAAUUGCUGGAUUUAGAACAAGAUUAUAAACGAAUCUGGUGCUCAGUGAUCACUUGACAAUUUUUUUAAUAAAAGCCAAAAUACUCCCCAAAUAAGAAAUGCAUCAGCUCAGUCAGUGAAUACAAAGAAGGAAUAUUUUUCCCUUUGAGGGUCUUUCCAUAUCUCUCCUCCAACGCCACCCUCCAUUCUGUUUCUGCUUCCAUAGGUGGCUUCCUCUUUUGGCUCCGUCCUUACCCCCACACCACACACGCUCCCCCUGCCAGGCAGAGUGGCACUUGAUGGCCAGACAGCGUGAGCCUCAUAAUCUGCUGUCUGUAGUUCUGUGAGCUCAGGUUCCUUGAGGGUCUUGUGGCACCCCCUUCCUGGUGAUUGAGCCAGAGCCAGCAUUUUUUGGUUUUCCCCACCCCACGCAUUCUCAACCCCAGUCCUCCUAACAAUAACAAUAGCUGGGAGCCAGCUGCUGUACAUUGGGAAUGGGGAUUCCACAUGCUUGCCUAAGGAGUCUCAGCGUGGACUGCCAGCCCCUGUUCUCCCUUCACCCUCAUUGAUGUGAACAUUUCAGAACUCCGGGAGUCACAGGCAUCUUUGUCAUUCACGUUAACAUACAUGCACUGUUGGAAGCAUUUCCUUCUGAAAGGGUAGCCCUGGACUUGAUACCAGCCGGAUACCUCUGGCCCCCGUCCCAUUGCUGUACCUCUGGAGACACCACUAUGGGCUACUGUACCUCUGAAGUCACUGCUGUGGGUCGCCGCACCUCUGCUAUACAGCAGCUUUUUCAAGGCUGUAAUGAGAAGGGAUGUUAGGAAGGAGGGUGUGCUGGGCUAACCAGCCCACAUAGAUCCCAUUUGUGUCCCUUGGGUGAAAAACACAUGUCCAUGCCGACAGCUCCUAAAUUCAGAAAUUAGCUUGUACAUGUCCAGUGGCUUUAAGAGCCAGAGCAGGGUUCUGGGAAUUUUGUGAGUUAUCCUGUGGCCAUGCAUGGCCUCAGGUACCAAACACGGUUACCUGUAGCCCUUUAGUCCUUUGUACUCCCACAGGUCUGCAGAGUCCCAUCUACCCAAAGGUCUUGCAGUCAGACAGGAUGUUUUCAUUACUCAGUCCCCCAGAGCACUGCUGGUCUGUGAAGAUUCAUUGGUUGGAGUGGGAGAGUGGGAUUGAACAACAUUUAAACAGUCAGGAGUUAUCUCAAAAAUGUCUAAUGGGGGUCGGGUGCGGUGGCUCAAGCCUGUAAUCCCAGCACUUUGGGAGGCCGAGGCGGGUGGAUCACGAGGUCAAGAGAUCGAGACCAUCCUGGUCGACAUGGUGAAACCCCGUCUCUACUAAAAAUACAAAAAAAUUAGCUGGGCAUGGUGGCGCGCGCCUGUAAUCCCAGCUACUCGGGAGGCUGAGGCAGGAGAAUUGCCUGAACCCAGGAGGCGGAGGUUGCGGUGAGCCGAGAUCACACCAUUGCACUCCAGCCUGGGUAACAAGAGCGAAACUCCGUCUCAAAAAAAAAAAAAAAUGUCUAAAGGGAUUGUAGGUAGAUAACAUCUGAUCAGUUACUACUGAUCUGAAAUAUUCCCUCUCGGCUGCCCCCAGGUUAUUUACUGUGGAGAACAUUGCAUAAGAAUGUCUGGGAAAAGCCUCUACAACUUGUUACAACCUUCAGAUUUGUAAAAUUCAUUGAUUCUCUUUUCCUUCCACAAUAAAACUGUAUACAGGAACAGGAGUGUGUGUGACGUCAUUUAAAGUGAGCAUCCCAUGCUGAGUUCACAGUUCCUGGUAGAACUGACGACACUUGAUGACGCCUUCGAGAGCUGGCAGAGGGCUCAUGGGGAGGUCUGUUUUAUUUUGUUUUGUACAUUCACAAAUUAUAUAUAUUUAUGAGGCAAUGAAGUGAUGUUAUGAUUUAUGAAUAUGAUUGGAAUAAUGAAAUAAAGCUGAUGAAUGUAUUCGUCACCUCAGAUA